AUGUCGAUACAAGCCUCGACGCAAGGCCGUGUACUUUCAAUCCUCCUCUCUUUUCUCGUCUUGUCUUCUUUCCAAGUCUCCGCCAUCUGCUACUAUCCCGAUGGCACAGUCACACCCGGCGACGUGCCUUGCCUGACCGGCAACGACCCUUCCUUCUGCUGCAGCUUCGGCUACGCCUGUCUCAACAAUCAAAUCUGCAUGACCACCUCUCAUACCCCGAAUGCGACCAACACGUACGUUCGCGGAAGCUGCACCGACCCCACCUGGCGCUCCGCAAACUGCCCCAGCUUUUGCGUCAACCCUGAUCCGCCGUGGAAGGAUGACACGGCCGGUGGAGAGGGCAUGGCGCUCUGCGCUAAUACGACAAACACCUUCUACUGCGUCGACUUCAAUGAAGAUGCCGUCAAUUGCGCCGAACGGUUCAACAACGCCUACAGCCAGCUCGACAACGUCAGCCUCAUCACUCUCGAUUCAGAGCUCAUCAGCCCUUCAGACUUCGGCGCGCACGUCGACUUCAACCCCGGCGCCUGCGAAGCAGACCUCGACCCCUACACCAACCUCAAGCCCGGCACCCGCUGGUCAUGUUUCGCCGCACCAUACAGUGUCCGAAAGCGCGAUUGUACGAUCUGUCGUUGGUUCGAUUGCCGGCCUUCUGGUUAUUGGCUUGUUGGCAUUUUUCAUAUUUCACCGUCGGCGACGAGGAAGACGCCAUGCGACACCAAUGGAGAGCCAGCAGAAGACAUGGUCUCAUGUGCCAGCAGCCCAUUCGCAUUCGGAGUUGGCACAUUUGCCAGUGAAAUACACGGGUCAGGCAGCAUAUGCUACGCGGUGGCCGCCGUGGGAGCUGGAUGGGAGGCGGCCAGCUCAAGAACUACCGGCUGGAUCGCCCACGGUGUAUUGAAGACGAUGUCAUCUGUAUAG